AUGAGGAUAUGCGCGCUUUUGCGGUAGGAGAAAUAGCGGAAAUGGGCACCAAGAGAAGCUUUUGCGACAAGCUUCCAACACUUUUGAGAUAAAAACAGGGUUUUAUUUUGCCUUCCGAACAUUACGAGUGGGGUUGGAGGGGGGCGGUUUCAUGCGUUGAUCUUGUUGGGAGUUUCCCAUUUUAACGAGGUAAUUUUGGUUGCUUCUCUUGCAAAAGGCAAACGGGACAAGUAACAUUACCAGAGUUUUAUUGGAUAUUUGACGGGAGGAAAUGGCCAAGUUGUUCCGCGCUGCAAUAAUGGGUCCUCCAGGAUCAGGUAAAGGAACCAUAUCAGAGAGAAUUGCACAAAGGUUCGGUCUGCAGUAUUUAUCCAGUGGACACUUUUUACGCGAGAGCAUAGCAACUAAAACAGAGGCAGGCGUGGAAGUCAAGACAUAUGUGGAGAGAGGCAUGCUGGUACCUGAUCACGUGAUGACCAGGCUAAUGAUGCCCAGACUGGAACUCCUGAGUGGCCAAAGCUGGCUUUUAGACGGUUUUCCACGGACGCUUGCACAGGCCCAGACCCUGAACAACUUGUACCAGCUGGACAUGGUGAUCAGUCUCAACAUCCCUUAUGAGACUCUUAAAGACAGACUGAGCGACCGCUGGAUCCACCCAGGGAGUGGUCGAGUUUACAACAUGGGCUUCAAUCCACCCCGAGUGCAGGGCAAAGAUGACAUCACCGGGGAGCCCUUGAUUCAGCAUGAUGAUGACAAACCAGAAGCUUUAACGGCCAGACUGAGACAUUACAAAGAUGUGGCUAAACCUGUCAUAGACUUAUACAAGUCACAAGGCAUCCUGCACUCAUUUUCUGGUACAGAAACCGAUCGGAUUUGGCCUUACAUCAACUCUCUUCUCAGCACCAAGAUGCACAUACAGCCAUUGGAUGAGCGUCAAAGCCAGGCGCCCUGACUUUGCUCCAACUCAUCAAAGGUCAAGAAGGUAGAACAUUUGGAGUGAGUUUCUCCCACGAUAGACUGUUUGUCUUUCAGGUUCCUCACUAACAGUGGAGUUGAGAAAUGGCAGGAUCCAAUCUAGUUUCACGCAAAUGUCAUUGGAAGGUUCUUUUUUUUUUUUUUUGAAAUACUAUAAGGUGUGCUUGCUGGUGUGUGCAGUAAUAUAAUGACUUUGUAUUGAGUGAAUAGCAAAUCAGAUCAAUAGGCGUUGUUUUAUACAAACUCAUUUUUACUUGCGAUGUACAAUCUAAUUUUGCAGAAUUUCAAUUGGAGCUGCGCGUAAGAUAAUAUAAGGACAGAACAUCAGGUAUGAAGACAGAAAGCAUAAGGAAGAAAUAUGUCAACUAUAAAGGAAGAUCUCCUUCGGAAUAUCGCAAACUAUGCAAUACACCACGUCAGACUGUUAGAUUGACAAAAAACCUGUUACACAAUGGUGCGAAUAAUCAUUCUUGAACUUUGCCAGUAUUUACCAAUAUGACCCGGUAACACCUCAAGAAUCUCAAAUCAUGUCUCUUUCGAAAUCCAUACGGUUAAUUUGUCAGACGUACAGUAAUCAUUAUGAAGAAUUAAAACAAAUGUAAAUGGUCAAGAAUGUCUGCUAGGAUUGCCCUUCGAGUAAUGUCGUGAAAAGAUAUGGUCGGACCCGAGUUAUUAUGCAACUUUGUUCCUGAAAAGUAUCGGUGGGUUUUCCGAGUGCAACCUUUGUACAAACUAUAUACUCUCUCUCUUGAAUUCCGAAGUAACAUUGAUGAGGUCAUUUGUAAAGUUUCUGUAGUACGCUGUGCAACGCAAGCUAGGCAGCUGUUUUGUAAACCAAUCACUGACUUCCUAGUUACUCUUCUACUUUGGAAUAUGAAUGCUACGUAUUUACGUGCUUCCAUUUCUGUUUGUGCUGCAAAUCAUGUCUCAAUGUAACUCUACAGUGCCCCUUGUGGUUUGGUUCUUGUAACGUGCAAGAUGCGCCACGCUGCUUUUCACAUUCAAAUAAUCAUCAUCAUCUCUCAAUGUUCCUCUUUCAAUUUCAAAUAUCACAUUUGUGACAAGUUACAUUAGGCUCGAGCAUGGAUCAGGCAAUAAAGUCUACUUCUCUGCCUGUUUCCAUAUAUAAAGAUGCAUUUUAUUUUGGGAUAUGUGAGGGAGCACACACGUGAAAAUAAAAAAGCGUUUGCCUACGCCUCG